AUGUUAUACAGCAGACUCACCGCUCUAGCUAUUCUCUCGGGUUGCGCCAUCGCGGCCGAAACCCAUGACUUCUCACCCAGGGAGGACCAGGCGCGCACUAUAUACCAGUUUCCGAAUGAUACGUACGUGGAGAACAUAGCAAUUCGCCCGAAUGGACAGAUUCUUGUCAAUAUCCUCACCUCACCUCAAAUCUGGCUGGUUGACCCAGAGUUCCCUGGCAAGGCCGUGCUUGUUCACGAAUUCUCAGACGUGCUGGGACUGUCUGGUAUAGUCGAGUACCAGCCGGACGUGUUCGCAAUAGCGGGCGGAAACGUCUCCUUGAGCACUGGCGAGAGUAUUGUUGGCUCCUGGUCCAUCUGGAGCCUCGAUCUGGGCGGCUUAAAUAUUAGUUCAUAUGCGCCUGUCUCGGCACAGCUACCAAAAGUGAGCAAGAUUGCUGAUGUCCCGCCUGCAACAUUUCUCAACGGCAUGGCCCUGCUCUCGGGUCCGGAGAAACAGCUCCUCUUCGUUGGGGACGUCAAGACCGGGACCAUAUAUUCAGUCGACAUCGAUACCGGAGAAUAUGUAAUAGCGAUCAACAACACGUUCACAGCCCCUGGCCCUGAUUAUGCCUUCGGCGUCGCCGCAACGGACGGAUUACAAAUGUGUAAUGACACGCUGUAUUUCACCAACGUAGGUCAGAAGAAGCUGAAUAGGGUCCGCCUCGACGUUGACGGCACGCCGGCCGGGGAGUUCGAAACGGUUGCGCAGACAAUCACUCCGCUGGACCAGUGGGACGAUUUCGCACUCGAUCACGAAGGCAACGCGUGGAUGUCGACGGGAGGAGCAAACACGAUCCAGAAGAUCAAUACGCGGACAGGAGACGUCAAGAUCGUGGCUGGUGACGUGAACUCGACCGCCAUUGCAGAACCGACGUCUGCAAAAUUUGGAAGGCGUGAGAAUGAUGCGAUGGUCCUAUAUGUGACUACGGCCGGCGGGCUCGCGACGCCAGUAAACGGCGACAUUGUUGUUGGGGGCCAGGUCGUAGCCAUCAGGACCGAAUCCAGGGGCUGGUCUUAG